AUUCAUCAAAACAAUCAAAUCCGGCUUGUAAUCGUUUAUUUUUCGCAUUUUUCAUCAAUUUUAACCACUUUUCCGGCAAUCAUGGCAACUCGAAACCCUUUAGACAAGAUCGAAAUCUUGGAUUCCAUUGAAAAAGACAUCAUCACAUGUUUAACGAGUGCAGGCAGCGUUUUGCAAGAACUCGGCAAAGAUAAAUCCAGUCUCAAGUCUGUCGAGAACCACACGACGCAAUUUUUAAAGUCCCUGAAUCUCGUGGAGACUAAACUCACGGAACAAGUCAAUUAUCUCACGCAAGUUAGUACGGGACAACCGCACGAAGGCUCAGGCUAUGCUUCCGCCAAAGUGCUCCAAAUGGCAUGGCAUCGAAUUCAUCACGUGAAGAGUCGAGUGCGCGAAUUGGACGAAUCAAAGACAAAAUAUUUGCAAAAUCAGGCACGUUCGCGGAUGAUUGGUGGCGUGACGCCGGGUCAAAGUGCCGCGCAAAACGGUAAUAUGGGAGUCGUGAAUGCAGCAAAUGCUGGAAAUCAACAGCAGCAGCAACAACAACAGCAGCCGAUGCAGCAAGGAGGCGGCGGGGGAUCAACUCCGGUGCAACAACAGCCGAACGGGGGAAGUGGAGGGACGCAAUCUACCUCUUAAAUUAAUUUUUAAGAUUUUUUUUUAGUAUUAAAUUUUUAAUUUUAUUCAUUUUUGUCAUUA